GAAAGAAUUUUUUUUCCUCCGAAAAUUUCCGUCGGUUUGGAUUAAGAUGAAUAAAUGAAAUUCUUCAAGGAUUAAGUAUAAAAGAACUGAUUACUCUCUCACUCACCAGUUCAAUUAUAAUCAUUGACAUCCUACAAUCUGCAAGAUGCAACUCGUGUUCCCUGUUCUCCUCUGUUCUGCUGUCCUAGUUGUCCUGCUCCCUGCAGCUCAAGCUGAUGGAUAUGGAGGGGGACACGGGCACAGCAGUGUAGGAUCUGGUACAGCCUGUAUUGUGAAGGGCUCCUACUGUCAAUGCCAUUACUGUAAAUGUGAACAUGGACAGCUCCAUUGCUCAGGAUAUGGACAUGGCAGUGGAGGAGGAUAUGGAAAGAAGUAUUGCUAUGGAAGCAUGGAGGGAGAAUAUUGCCAUUGUGAUUAUUGUAAAUGUAAACACGGAUUUGGACAGGACAGCUACGGCAAGGGGUGCGGCGGUCAUCACAAGAAGUAAACAAUGCGCAGUACAUUAGUAAACCAUAGAUGAACUAUACGGUAUUUUAGUUGCAGUACGCCUGGUGAUAUUUGUUAUUAAUCUAUUUUUGUUUUUCAAGUUUUUAGAAAAUAUACUUUUAGACAAAUUUCAA